AUGGACAUCGGCAGCAGUUAUCUCAGCGUCAUUGCACGGUCCGGAGUGCCGGUCAUGCACGCUGCUGUUUUACCUCCUUCGGGCAAAGUAUUGUUCCUGGACAAAGUCGAGGAUUACUCCGAGCUGCGCUUGCCGAACAAUCGAUGGGCCUAUUCCGCGCUCUACGAUCCAGAUACGCAUCACCUGAGUCCGCUGUCAGUCGCGACAAAUCCCUUUUGCUGUGGUGGGAGUUUUUUGUCAGAUGGACGGCUUGUCACAGUCGGCGGGAACGCCCCAUUGCUCUGGCUAGACCCGACAGUUGGGGACGGCUUCGAUGCAAUUCGGUACAUUGGAGACGAAGGUGGCAACUAUUCAUGGAAAGAGCCUGGAAAUAAAUUGGCCUCCAACAGAUGGUAUGCAACAGCACAGACCUUGGCAGAUGGCAAGAUCUUCGUGGCAGCAGGAAGCUUAAACGGACAAAAUCAAUUCAACUUCAGCAACAAUAACCCAACCUACGAAAUUCUCGAUGUAAAUGGUAUGUACCCCUUUCUGCACCUGAUGCCCGAUGGUUCGCUCUUCAUUUUUGCAGACACUUGCUCGGAGCUGUUUGACGUGGCCAAAAAUGAGACCAUCAGGACAAUGCCUGACUUGCCUGGAAUGCACAGAACUUAUCCCAACACAGGUGGUAGCGUCAUGUUGCCCCUACGUGCAGAGAACCGCUAUAAGCCUGAGAUCAUGAUUUGUGGCGGAGGACAAACACAAGCAAUCAACAGUCCUUGUGAGGCAACCUGUGGAAGGCUGAAACCGAUGGGUAAGCGUCCCCUGUGGGAGAUGUCUGCGAUGCCAGGCCCCCGAGGAAUGGUGGAGGGGGUUUUACUUCUCGAUGGUACCGUGCUCUGGAUCAACGGCUGUCACAAAGGUGCGCAAGGUUUUGGACUGGCCAGGUACCCGGCAUUGGAAGCCCUAGUCUAUGAUCCGAAAUGGAAUAACUGGACCGUGUCUGGAAGAACGACAAUUGCCAGGCUUUAUCACUCUGUCGCCUUCCUACUUCUGGAUGGAACGGUGCUCAUUGCCGGAAGCAAUCCCAACGAAAUGCCAGUAACCCAACAACAUGUUGAUAUCCAUAAUCAAUACAAGGCAUUCCCCACCGAGUUCAGGAUGGAGACAUGGCUUCCCCCAUACCUUCGUGGUGACAAGGCGUCGCGGAGACCUACGGUGAUGGGCCUCUCGACAUAUACCUUGAGACGUGGUAAACGAGUGACCAUCGAGUUUAGCACUGCAGAGCAGGUCAAGACGCUGGAGGUUGUCCUAUACAGCGGGGGAUUUAUCACGCACUCAGUCCACAUGGGCCAGGUGAUGGUAUACCUUGAGAACAACGGCUGGGAGACGCUGAGCAAUGGUCGAAAAAGGGUCGUAGCGUGUAUGCCGGAACAGGUCAAACUGGCUCCUGGACCCUACGUGGUUUAUCUGCUGGCCAAUGGCAUUCCCGCAGUUGGGAAAUUUGUCACUGUGCGCGUCUAA